AUGGGAGCGGUUGUGACCCUCAUGGGCACAUUAAGAAUCUCUGCCGCACAGAAGAUCUAUGGCGAAUCGAUCUGGUCUCCCGCUGAACUGGCGAUCCGCUGGAUGCAGGACGGCUACAAAGCCAAGUCUCGUGCAGGAGCCUUCUUCGCCGGAUUGGGGUUCUUCAUCUCCCAGCUCAGCAUCAACACAGUCGACAACGCUUGGCCAGGAGGAUUCGAUCUAGCCGCAUUGUUUCCUCGGUGGAUCAACAUCCGUCGUGGUGCCGUCAUCACAUUCGUGCUCGGUAUCGCGAUCAACCCGUGGCAACUGGCUGAUACCGCCAACACUUUCAUCAAUGUGCUGGACGGGUAUAGCGUCUUCCUGGGUCCAAUGACGGGCAUGACGGUGUGCGACUUCUGGGUCGUUCGUGCCAGGAAGCUGAAGCUCUCCGGUUUGUACGUCCCGCACAAGUCGUCCAUCUACUGGUACAACCACGGGUUCAACUGGCGGGCGUAUGUUUCGUGGCUUAUCGGCAUGGCGCCCGCAUUGCCUGGCUUCAUCAACGCAGUCAACCCGUCAAUCAAAGUCCCCAAGGGUGCACAGGAGAUUUUCUAUCUCGCAUAUAUUGAGGGCUUUGCCUUGGCGUUUGUCGUUCACUAUGUGUUGAAUUGGAUGUUCCCUGUGCCGGGGCUGGGAGAGAUCGAUGACGAGGACAUAUUUGCAACUUUCACCGUGGAGGAGGCCCGCAAGUUGGGCGUAUUGCCGCACCCACGGCGGUUGGAUGGCAUUGAGGUUGCAUGA